CCAUGGAUGGUAGGGAUGCAGAGGGAACAGAAACAAAUUUGAAUGAUCAUUCUAACCAUUCAGCUAUGGCAGACACGGAAUUAAGUCAAAGCUCACCUAGCAGUUGUCUCAAUUUAGAUUUGCUGAGUGAAAGCCGAAAACAAUUUCAUUUGGGUAGAAAAUUAGCAAUAAAAAACAUCCCUGUCACAACCAACGAGGAGGUUGAUCUAUUCCUAGGUGAAUAUGAACUGGAAGAAAUCAGUUUGAACAGCAAAGAAAAGGAAGCUGUUGUUACUUUGAAAAAUGGAGAAGAUGCAGAGAGUAUCUUUGAAGAACUGAACCAGGCAAGAAUGCUGGACCACACAAUUUCUAUAUGUAUCUUGGCAACAGACCGUCUGUUGUGUCUAGCACACCUUCCUCUUGAUUUUACGGAUAAAGAACUCAGUACAAUGGUUUAUCCCCUCGGUGCUACUCAAAAGUGCUUUAUGUUUAGAGCUGAUGACACAGGUCAAAGUAAAGGUUAUGGGCUGGUGGAGUUUGACACCAGUCUUGAGAAAACUAAACAGAUAGCUGCAGAGCUGGACUGGAGAGAGGUACAAGGGAACAAAAUUAACUGUGAUGUGAUCAGUCAACAAACUGGCUCUACCUACCAACACCUCCACUCGCGUUGUCUCCUGGUAGAUAAUCUCCCCUUGGAUUACAAAGACAAUUCCCACUUCAGGGAAAUAUUCAGUCGCCAUGCUAGCCCCAUAUAUUGCCAGGUGGUACUGAAGGAAGGGGAACCCAUCGGCUAUGGUAUUAUAGAGUAUGCGGACUCAAAGGAUGCACAGAUUACACAGACAGCGUUGACCGGAUACAAACUGCAGGAGGCAGCACUGAGGGUCACCUAUUGUAUACCGGGCAAGUCGGCAGUUGACAUCUGUAGCAGACUGCUGGUUAAGUUUGAUGAGGUGUCGUCAGCCAAGCCGAGUUUGCUGCCAGACCCUAUAUUCCCCAACCCUUCAGUCCUUAACCAUCCACUGGUAAUGGAUCUCUGUGACCAGCAUCCACAGUUGAUGCCACAAUUCAAGACAGCCCUUCACCAACUUCAGCAGACCUACGUCACCCAAAUGAACUUAAAAUCAGCAAAACCAGGUUUACUAGGCCCAGCACCAUCUAUAGGCAUGAGUCCACUAAUGAACCCGAACAUGCAGCUCGGUCUGAUUAUACUCCUGGCUCUACAGACACAGACUCGGGCCCAGAAUCAGAACCAGGUGGUUGGUCCCUUGAACCUGCUUCCAUUGCUUGGUAACCAGCAAUCAGGUGAAAAGCCUUCAAUACUUGGGGACCCUGUCUCUGCUCAGGCUAACAUCAUACUGCAGAACCUGAUGUCUCAAUUGUCACCCGCAUCCACAAACUCUCCACCAGGUGGCAUCACUGGACCAUCCAAGUCUGAGGAGAACUCCACAUCUCCAUUAUUACAAUCACUAGCUGUUAACAUACAAAAUCUCAACCUGAGCUGGCUUACCAAUCUAGGCCAGCUCUCAUCCUCUGUACAGUUUAGGCAACAAAUAAACACUAGCAUCAAACCUCUGAUGAAAACAGAGGCCAAGCCAAUGCCACCUCCACUGAUACCUUCAAGAGGUCAUUUUGAUGGAGACAUGGUCAAGUCUAGGUCUCCUGGAGGACUUUUAGGAGAGGCUCCGAGGAUGGACAAAAUGAAAAUGUCACAGAAUUUCAUGAAUAAUAUACAGAUGCUUGCUGGUCAGAAGAAGAUAUCGCAAUCAAAUGAAAUGCCUAGCCUUUUGGAUGGCAAAUUUUCUAGUCAUGGUGGUCAGGGUUUGUCUGGACGUGGUGGACAACCCAGAUAUAAUCAGGGUGGGUAUAGACAAUCUGGGUAUGGUCAAAGUGGACCUAACAGUCUGAUUGGGGAUGGACCAUUAGCUGACAACUAUGGUCAAAGUACAGGUGGAUCUGGUGAUAGUCACAACAGACCCAGUCAGGGUGGUAAAACUCGGCCUAAUAAUCAGACUAGCAAAGGCAUAAAGUCUCUACUGGGGGAACCACCAUCUCUAGUACCAAAGAGGUUACCCGGGAUAGGAGAUGGACUGUUACCAGAGCCAGGACGAGGGUCAGACUACCGAGUACCCCAGGACAACUACUCUGGAAAAUACCAGAGUGACUACAAGAGGAAGACUUAUGAUGAUCAGAGCUAUAGUACCAGAGGGGGAGAUAACUCCAGCAGAGAUGACUCUGGCUACGGUGGCUACAGCGGCUAUAGUAGACACGGUUCCUUUGACAAUAACUACAGUGACAGCAGUUUUAACUCAGGCCAGGCUGACUCCAGCUUCAACUCACAGGGUAACUCCAGUCUGUUGUCUCGAUCGGGCAGUACCAGCUAUGAUAAGAGCUAUGACUACUACCAACAUCAGGACAACACUCCUAGUGUUGCAGAUCCGGAGUAUGAGAAUAUGGCUGCCAAGGCUAUGGCUUAUGCUGCGGCAACAAACACUGGUUACCAGGGCAUGACAGGUGGUAACAACGGUUACAAUAACUACGAUAGCUAUGUGAGUGGGAAGAGUGACGACUACAACAGUGAUAAUGGUGUAGACAGUGAUACAUACAGACAAUACAAGGGCAAUGGUAACUAUGGAUCAUACAACAGCAACGAUGGCUACAGAAACGACGACUUUCAGUCAUCAGGCCAUCAAAAAGACAAAUCCUCCCUCCUUGGCACACCACAAGGUCGUAAUUCACAACCACGUAGUUGGCAAGGAGGGCAACCUAGUAGAAACAUGUCGGUUAAUCCAUUAUCGACUCAUGGUGGAAGCUCACAGGGUCUUCUGGCCACACCAGGAGCUAGUUCUCAAAGUCUGUUAUCCACUCCAGCAGGUAAAUCCAGCUCACCCCAUCCCCUCCUGUCAACACCCCCAGGGGUAUCCUCCUUCUCUAACUCAGAUGGGAGACGACCAACUAGUUUGUUAGGAGACAAACCAAGAGGAGGCUCCUCAAGUCAGGGGAUACCAUAUGUAACAAAGCAGGCAGACUACCCAAGCCUACUAGGCAGCAGGCCAACAGGGGCAGCAGGACUCUUGAAGACACCCAUUGGGCAGAAGAGGACUUAUAGUCACCUGUUACCACCUCCAGAGCCCAGCCCAGAGACAGAAUAUAUAGGACAGCAUUCCCAGGGCAUAGGGGGACACUACGCAGACUCAUAUUCCUCUAACAAGAGGCAACGGCUGGACGAAUCUGGAACAAGCAGGAGCAGCUUCACGUCUAGGUAUUGAGGUGAUACUUCAUCUCCAGGUAUUUAGGCGGUUCAUGACAGGAGACGAGGCGAGUAAUACCAGCAGAUAUUGAGAAAAAGGUGUCCGGAAAACUUUGUACCAGUCUCAAUGUUACACCACAUGAUUGGUGUGGUGGUAGAGGCAGCAUGACCUUAAUAGGUCACCGACACCUCAACAUUUCAUUUACCCUGUAUCAAUCAGUCAUGUAUGUCAUACCAGGACUUGUAUCACUAGAAAAGGUAUCCAUAGUGACAGAGUGGUUUAACAUUUGUGAAGUUUUCCUUGUAGCAUAUUAGUUAAGGUGUCGAAAGGUUUAAUCUUAUGAGAUAUCACAGUAAAUGACUUGACCUUGUGUGAUGUCAUAAGAUAGCGUUUAGACGUUGCGAUAUGUCACAAUGAAGGGUUUGACCUUAUAUGUCACAGUGAAGGGUCUGACCUAAUGAUAUGUCACAAUGAAGGGUUUGACCUUAUGAUAUGUCAGUGAAGGGUUUGACCUUAUGCUAUGUCACAGUGAAGGGCUUAACCUAUGAUAUGUCACAGUGAAGGGUUUGACCUUAUGAUAUAUCACAAUGAAGGGUCUGACCUUAUGAUAUGUCACAGUGAAGGGUUUGACCUUAUGAUAUGUCACAAUGAAGGGUUUGUCCUUAUGCUAUGUCACAGUGAAGGGCUUGACCUUAUGAUAUGUCGCAAUGAAGGGUUUGACCUUAUGAUAUGUCACAGUAAAGGGUUUGACCUUAUGAUAUGUCACAGUGAAGGGCUUGACCUUAUGAUAUGUCACAGUGAAGGGUCUGACCUUAUGAUAUGUCACAGUGAAGGGCCUGACCUUAUGAUAUGUCACAGUGAAGGGUUUGACCUUAUGAUAUGUCGCAAUGAAGGGUCUGACCUUAUGAUAUGUCACAGUGAAGGGUUUGACCUUGUGAUAUGUCACAGUGAAGGGUUUGACCUUAUGAUAUGUCACAGUGAAGGGUCUGACCUUAUGAUAUGUCACAGUGAAGGGUUUGGCCUUAUGAGAUGUCAUUGUAAAGUUUUAACCGUGGGAGAUGUCUCUGAAAGGUUUGACAUUGUGAAAUGUUAAUGUUUAUAGAUGACGUCACACAUAUCGUUGGUUACACUACUGAGGUAUCACCUAGUAAGAUGAUUUAAAUUUUAAACUUAUCUCUUGUUAUUUUAGAAUGCAGUCAGUCUGCAUCUGUAAAUGACCCUAUGGCAUCAGCAUUAGUUUGCUGAAGUUGUGUAUAGAUAGUGCCAUAUUCAACUUAAACAAUUAUAAUGGUAUUUGGUGUUAUAAUCUGUAUUCUUUUGUGCUUUGGAAAUUUUGGGUAUUGUUUUUGUACAAGAUAAGAUUUUAAAAGGAUAUUUGGAUUGUCUUAUUACAACAAUAUCAUGUUAUGUGUAUAUUUCAAAAUAUUAAUUCACAAAUGUUGUCAUUAUAUUCUUCAACUUUUUUUAUUUGAAGUAUUUUAUUUUUCUACAAGCUCAAACAUACUUUACACUUUAGUUUGUCUCAGUCUGAAAUUUGAAUCUACUAAACUUAGAAGCUUAAUGGACUUGACUUCAGACCAAGUUUGACAACCAUACAAUUAAGACAAGUAAAUGAGACCACCAUACUGGAUAUGUCUGAUGUGACAAUUAAAUGAGACCACCAUACUGGAUAUUUCUGAUGUGAGAGCUAGUAAAUGCUGAUUUGUAGUCAUGUGAAGUAUCCCAGCUGUCAUUCAAGGUAUUAAUCUGUAUAGUUUGUACAGCCUUCAGCUAAUUGGUCUCCUCACAAACUCUGAUGACCAUAUAACACCUUAUAAAGUGGUCUUUAUAAUCUUUUGCCUCCUAUAUGUGAUGACUUCAUUCUUAACCUUUCAAGAAAUAUAUUUUUCAUUCAUAUUUAUAAUCAAUGGUUUUAUGAAUCUCUGGUCAGUAUAAUGAUUUUGGUCACUGUAGUCAGUGGAAUCACCCACAACAUAUCAGAAUUAAACCUGAUCAGCUGGUUUCUUUUCUAAUCGAAUGUUAACAUGACAUGGGACAAGUGUUGUGUAUGUGUUGGUGAACAUUGAAAUCCAUUUUUUUUAUGCUACGGGAUGUGAGUGGUUGUACACAGGUACGGGUGUACCAACUCUUUAGGAUUACCCCAUGUUCUGUACCUGUUGUUAGUAAUGAAGGCACUGCCAGGCAUUGUUAUAUUGGUUUGUCUUAUAAUAAAUCAUUGGACUUUUAAAUUUCUGCCAGAUGUAUGCGACAUAUUUAAACAUUAAAAGUCCCUCUUUUAAAAACAAUUAACAUUUUACAAUUUGUAAUCUUAUGCAUUCUGAUUUAAUACAUUUGCUGGGUGUUUUUUUUUGUUUUUUAAUUUUAUUUUAAUUAGGAAUGUUUAAAAAUCCCAACUUGGCAUAAGUUAAUCUAGUAGUGCAUAUAUAUUAUGUUGAUGUAGAUCUGCUACUAAAGUGAUUAUACUAACUCUUUUGAAGGGCAGACAAUUCAAAGCAGAAAGCCACUUAGGGAAAAUUUCAAUUAAGGAAAGUAAAUUUCUGGUGUUUCUGUGAGAAAUAUUUAAUUAUACCUUUGAAGUUAGCCUUAGGUAUAUGGCUGACACAGUGCGUAUUCAGACUGAUGGUGUCGUACUGGUUAAUCCAGAACUACAUUGAAUGUAACAAUGGUUAUAUUGGUUGUGUAAAUAAUUGACAUUCCUGAUAAUACACUGAAUAAAUGUUAAUUUGUGUUAAUGAGUGUAGUUAUGAUAAUCUCUGUAGGUUAUAAUAUUGAUGUGAUUCUUAAUAUACACUAAUACAACUUCAUAUCAAGCCAGGAGAAAAAGAUAAUCCUGUCAUGUUCACAGACAGGACUGGUAAACUGUAGCCAUAUUGCAGCCAUAGAACUGUUUUACAGAGUAAGUACCUGUGCCUGGCUUGACAUGUAGUUCUUUUUAAUGGACCAACUUUAUUCUCGAUUUGUGUUGCAGUUUUAAUAUUGCUUUGUUAAUUUUUUUUAUUUUUUUUUUCAUAAUUUGUAAAAUAUGGCAUGAAAAUCAGCAAAUGAUUUAUAUUUACCUAAAUAUAUUAAAAGGUUCAAUAAUGAUAAUAAUUGAGUUGUAAUAGUACAUCAGAUGUAUCAGAGCAAAGCUCUUUCAGAAGAGGAACAUAAGAUCCUGUCUUAUAGAAAUAUAAAUUAUGUCUUACUUAGUGUAAGGGCUAUUUCAGAAAUAGAUAUAUAUAUAUAUAACAGUAGUGUGGACGGGGCA